AGGAGGAGGCAUCACAUCUCCCUCUCCUCUCCUGAGUCUCUCUCCUCACUGCACCUGAGUCCUCUCUACUGACACCAUGGGUUGCUGUGGCUGUGGAGGCUGUGGUGGCUGCGGCUGUGGUGGCUGCGGCUGUGGCUGUGGUGGCUGCGGCUGCGGCUGUGGUGGCUGUGGCUGUGGUGGCUGCGGCUGUGGUGGCUGCGGCUGUGGUGGCUGUGGCUGUGGUGGUUGCGGCUGUGGCUGUGGUGGCUGUGGCUGCUGUGGUUGCUGUGGCUGCUGUGGCUGCUGCAAGCCUGUGGUCUGCUGCUGCCGCCGCACCUGUUGCAGCUCCUGUGGCUGUGGCUCCUGUGGCUGUGGCUGUGGGAAGGGCUGUUGUCAGCAGAAGUGUUGCUGUCAGCAGAAGUGUGGCUGCAAGAAGUGUUGCUGCUAGGAUGGCUGCUGGC